AUGAAUGGAAUUUAAAUAAGAAAAAAUAAUGAAUAAAAAAUACCAGAAUAUUAUACAAAUCUAUUAGAAAUUCAGAAGUUGUUUUAAAGUUAUCAUUUAUCUACAAAAAGUAAGAGAAGUAGUAAUUCAGAAAAAAGAACAAAAGAGAUUAAAAUUUAAAAUAUUUUGACAGAGUACCUUAAAAAAACCAAAAAAUGUCAAUCAAAAGAAACUUCUACUCCUAUAGUCAAUUUAUAACAUGAAUUAAAAUAGUAAAGUGUAAAUCAACAAACCAAUCAACUAAAUCAAAUUUUAAUAAAUACUUCAUCUACUAUUGAUUCUUUGAAAUAGUCAAAAUCUAAGGAGGAUGAACGAAUAGGCCCACAACAAUUUUUAUUAGUUGGACUCUUAGGCAGAGGAAGUUUUGGAGAAGUAUAUCUUGUAUAAAGAUAGUAGAAAUUAUAUGCUAUGAAAGUGCUACGAAAAAGCUUAAUUUUCAAGUAAAACAUUUGCAGAUACGCAAUAACUGAGAGAAAUGUCUUAUCAGUAUCUUCACAUCCAUUCAUUGUUAAAUUAAGAUAUGCCUUUUAGACCUAGGAUAAAUUAUUUAUGAUAUUAGACUAUUGUCCAGGUGGUGACUUAGGUUAGGUCUUGACUAAGUAAAAACGAUUGCCUGAAAAUGUAGUCAAGCUGUAUAUGUGUGAGGUAAUAUUGGCAUUAGAGGAUCUCCAUAAAAGAGACAUAAUCUUUCGAGAUUUGAAGCCAGACAACAUUGUACUUGAUUCGGAAGGUCAUGCUUUGAUAACAGACUUUGGCCUAUCGAAAGAAGGAAUUUUUGAUGCUGAUAAAGGAGCUUAAUCCUUUUGUGGUUCAGUAGCAUAUUUAGCUCCAGAAAUGCUACAAAGACAAGGACAUGGGAAGGCUCUAGAUUGGUAUUUACUCGGAGUUGUUAUGUAUGAACUCUUAACUGGAUUGCCUCCUUUUUAUUCAGACGAUAAAGAUGUCUUAUUUAACAAUAUUUAGAAUGGGGAGCUUCAAAUUCCAAAUUACAUUUCUGCAGAAGGGAAGAACCUUUUGAAAGCACUAUUGAACAGAAAUCCAGUAAAUAGAUUGGGAUCUGGAGAAGGGGAUUAUUUGGAAGUGAAAUAACAUCCUUAUUUUCAAGACAUAAAUUGGGAUAAAGUAUUUAAUCGAGAACUCAAGUUGCCCAAGCCUACUAAUAAUAAGGCGUAUUUGAUAUCAAAAGGGGGGUAGAAUGUGUUUGAUUUGCAAAGUUUCAUUGAAAUAGAAAAAUCUCAUGUUGAUGGAUGGUCAUACAUUCAUACAGAAUGA